GUGGUUCAGACACUGGAGGAAAUGGCUCCUCCAGUACACCCCAGUACACCCCAGUAGACCCCGGCAGCCACUGGUGACCCACGAGUAGCCCCUCCAGCACCAUAGCCGCCAUCCCGGUGUGGCCACGCCUGUCUUCCGUCCUACCGUCAUCCAGAUCUCGCCCUAGACGUGCCGGAGCCCCUUCGCGGAUAAUGUCUCGAUAGGCAUUUUAGUAUGGACUGCCACAAAAAGAAACGCCAGGAUUAAUUUAGUCACUACCCACUCUCUAGUUCUUCUUCACAACUGAUCCUCUUCUCCCAGCACACCUACAGGCCGUGGUCCCCAACUCCAGCCAACCACCACCACGCCCAUUGUGCCAGCCAAGAUGUCGAAUGUGGUGAUAUCAGACUUGGAACCUCCUCUGAAGUCCGGUAUUUCUGGAUCUGGGGGAGCUAAGAAGUCGCCGUUGGCGAUCUCGAUAAAGAUGUCUCCCGAGUUAAUGAACCACCUCAAGUCAUGUCUCGACUCCAACGUCGUCCCCAAAUUGGUGGUCAAGGACGGAAAUUACUCUAUUAAAAUCUCCAAUGACCUCAUCUUCCCUUGCCACAACCUCCCGGAACACCUCAACGUGGAUAUCUACUCCAUAAAACACUCCCAGUUCGAUGGCCGGGUUUUGAACAAGUUGAACCCCAUUACCGAUGAGAAGAAAAUCAAGGAAUACAACCGUGCAUUAGAAUUUAAGGGCAACGAGGAGCCCACCGUUAAAUCUCCGUCCAGAUCCCCUGCCAAGUCUCCCUCCAGGACCGCCAGGGAAUCACCAACCAAAACCCACCCACUUACCAGUUCUCGUGGUAGAACCGCAGCAUACCGUUUGAAACCAACGGAUACUCCUUCACAAGUAUCCUUCAAGUUCUUACACUUAUUAGCAUUGGGCCCUAUGACCCAGGAAGAAAUCAUCCAGGCUUUGGGCCUCGAGAAAUCACAUCUUUCCUUGAUCUCUGACUGUUGUCAGGUCUAUGACAGAAAAAACACCUUCAUUCAAGACGAUACCUUCCCAAUCAUCGAACGGAAAAGAAGAAGAAGGAUAAAGAGACACGUUGGUAAUGAUCUGUCUGAUAAUGAGAAUGACCACGACAUCGAUUCCAUGCUAGUUGACAGUGAUGCAGACAUGGACGACGAGGAUAUACAGAUCUACUCUCAUUCUCACUACAUUCUCAAGGACAAGUACUAUAAGGAAUUGAAACCCUGGGGAUGGAAGUUCUACACUAAGUUUGAAAGAACUCUUAUUAUCCAAAACAUCCAUCAUGCUUUGACUAGAUUGGGCUUUUCCGAAACACAUCCUUUGAGGAAGAAAAUCUGCAAUGAGCCGGAAGGUGGUGUCAGUAGUGAUGAUGAGAAAAAGUCCACCUUGGGAGGUGGAUUCUUGACCAGCAAUAGCAAGAAACCCUCGAGUACCCAAGUUCCAUUCAAAAAGUCUCAUACAGAUUCACCCAAGAUCGCCAACAAACUCGAAUUGGACAAUAAAAAGGGUACUCACACCACUUCAAAUUCACCCGCGAUCGAUAGCUUUAGUAUGACAGGAACCAAUUCAAAAGCGUUGUUUCCUCCAAAAAAGGCCAAUGUUGGUACCACCUCCAAGAGAAAAUUCUCUUCAUCGUCUUCAUCGUACUCCUCUGAUGAAGAGAAAAAUUUGAAGAAAUUAAAGGUGGACUCGUACACUUCACCACCAUCUUCAGAGGAAAUAGACGAAGAUACCACACCUAGAAGUAUCAGGUCCGGUCAUCCAUCUUCCAGACCAACUACUGGCUCAUCUUCUUCUUCAUCUUCUACAUCAAACGUCAUUCCACCUGAAAUCAAGUCUGCAUCAAAAAGAUUGGAGUAUUAUAACAGUUUAGCGGUGAAGUUUAAGUUGAAAUACAAAGAGUAUGAGAUUCUUUAUAACAAACUCAAGGUCCCCAAUACCUCUAAUAUCAACAAAAAUGAGAACAAGAAAUCACUUCUAAAGUUAUUCGAACUACAUAAUACCUUAUCACAAUGGAAGAGAACGCUCUGGGAUUUCGAUAAUGAAAUUAAACUGAAGUCGAAUAUUAUGAAUCUUUCCAAGCAUAAGAAAACAAACUCCAUAGGUGCUACAAGUCUCCCUAAAGACCAAAGCACCAGUCCAAGUAAUAUUGGAUCAAAAAUCAAAUCCCAGAGCCUGAGUCCCGCCAUUCCACAACUUAAUAGGCCCAUUCCAAACAGACCCGGGCCAUCAGUUUUAGUCGCUUCUAGAAAACCAAAAGCUCUUGACUAUUAAGUCAUUAUGGGGCAUAUCCCUAGCGUUACUUGACCAACAAGAGGCCAUUAAUAAUCAUUUCUUUCAAAAUUCAUUCCCUAGCUUCACUAGCUCACUCAAGGCUUCUU